AGCAAUGCUCUAUGAAAAUGACAAUGAACUUCAUAUUUGAGGGGAAAAAAGAAGAAAAAAUAAAAUAAAUUUUCAGAAAAUGAAAUUUUUAAUAGUAAUCUGCCUUCCAAAUAAUAUACUAGUAACUAUUUUCAAGUUUCAAUUCAAGCAGUACAUGCUUCAUUUUGUUUAUCCAUUUAAUUAAUUAAAAAAAAAAGACAAAAAAGAAAAAGAAAUUAAGUAAAAAAAAAGAAGAAAAAAGGUUAUUGGGGUUCUCAAUCCAACUUUAAUUUCCAACCUUGGGGCACUAAAUUUGAUUGAUCUUAUCCAAUAUCUGUUAACCAAAGAGGAUCAAAAAUCCUUUGGCUGUUGAGAAAAAUGAAAACAAGGCCAAAGGCCAAACCUUUAUAUAAAACAAUUUGGGGAAAGAAGAACAACAGUGGUGCUAAAUUUUGUUUCUCCAUAUUAGGGUUUUAGGAUCUUAAGGUGACAGAUCUCUCUGUCUCUCUCUUUCUGUUUCUGCAUUUGGAUUUUGUAAAUGCAACUCUGUAGAUAUCUUCCAUCUUGGCUUUGUGAAUUUCUGGCGUGUAUGGGAGGUUGCCUUGGACACUUCACAAAAAUGCCAGCAAUUCUUUUGGUGGACGAGGCAUCCGUAGGACUAAUACCUCAUGACCAAGCUGCAAGGAAAGACAGCAGAUCAGAAGAUUUCUGGAGCAGCAGCACUAUUGACAUCGAAUAUGCACUUCGGUCCCAGAGGAGUGCCUCAUCAAUUGGCAUAUCCUUUGAUCCUCAAAAUAGUGCUGCCCUUGCGAACGAUCAUCCUGAAUUUGUCAAUCAUGGUCUUAUUCUCUGGAACCAGAUGAGGCGACAUUGGGUUGGAAAUCUAAGGCAGCAAAGGCGGAAACAAGUUGGAGAACCCAGAUUAAGAGAGAAGGAGGAAAAGACAAAAAUACAGCAGCAACAACAACAAAAGAAUGACGAUAAGAAGAAAACAUGUGAAGAAGAAGGAACGCGAAAAAGGAGGAGAAAGAGGAACGCGAAGAAGAAGGCGAAGAAGAAGAAGACGCUCCGUGCGUAAACGAGCGUGAAAAGAAGAAGAAGAAGAAGAAGCGUGGGACGAUUUCGUGUGUAUUGGGCGGGAGAAGAAGAAGAAGCGUGGGACGAUUUCGUGUGUAUUGGGCUCCGUUUUGUUUUUGUUACAAUAACAAUCCUUUGUAUAAGUAAAAAGAUAAAUUAAUAGAAACAAAACAAAAUGCAUGGAUGAUUGGCUACAACAGCAUUGGUGAAGAGGCUUGAAAGUUUGAAUUUGUGAUUGGUUGUUCGUAGCUAUAGAAUUCAAAUUGAAGUUAUUUCGGUUGUAUCUUUUAGGAUGUUUUGAUUAUGCUUUAACUCUCAGAAUUCAUGUUUCACAGUU